AUGAACCGCUUGAUGAUUCACGGGCUGCUACUGUUAUCAUUGGCAGCUGCAUCGAGAGCAGCAGCGUCACCACCAACAAUACCUCCUGUCUAUGCCAAACAUGGAUGCCCACAUAGUUGUGGGAACCUCAGCAUCCCAUAUCCAUUUGGCACUCGCGAAGGGUGCUUCCUAGAUGAUACUUUCUUCAUAAACUGUACUGUUACCAAGAAUAAUGAUUUUGUGCCAUAUUUGGGACAUGGAAAUGUAACCGUCCUGAACAUAUCACUUGAUGGUAAGCUUCGAAUCUUCUCCUGGUUGGCCCGCGAUUGCUAUAACAAAAGUGGGGAAAGAACUUCUAAUCGCCCAUGGUACAGAUUAUUCUCAUUUACCCUCUCAUUUUCCCGAAACAAGUUUAUUGCCGUAGGUUGUGACACUUAUGCAUGGGUUGAAGAUUCUGUGGAAUAUAGCUAUGCUACUGGAUGUUUGUCACUGUGUAAGACAAAUGAUUUAAUGGUUAACGGGUCUUGCUCUGGUAGAGGCUGCUGCGAAAUCUCCAUUCCUAAAGGCAUAAGGGAUUUCAGUGUUACUGUGACGAGCUAUAACAACCACACACGAGUAAUGAACUUCAACCCUUGCAGCUACGCUUUUGUCGUUGAAGAUGGUGUGUAUAAUUUUUCUACAUUAGAUCUUGUUAAUUUACAAAACAACAGAAAGGGGUUCCCUGUGGUAAUUGAUUGGGUAAUCAGUAAUAAGACAUGUAAAGAAGCUGGACAGAACAUAACAGCUUAUGCAUGUAAGGAGAAUAGUGUAUGUCGUGACUCUGAAAAUCUACAUGGGCAUUAUUGUGACUGCCGCAGUGGUUUCGAGGGAAAUCCUUACCUCCCAAAUAGCUGCAAAGAUAUUGACGAGUGUGAGGACCCCAGCCUCAACCAAUGCAUAGAUGCCAAACAUUGUCGAAAUGAAGUUGGAAGCUAUGUAUGUUUCUGUCCCAAGGGUUACCAUGGCGAUGGAACUAAAAACGGAACACGUUGUACCGCUCGAGACAAGACAAAAGCUAUCAUCGGAGCAUGUAUUGCCGUUUCCCUUGCAUUUGUGAUCUUGGCAUUUGUAUCAUGGGGGCUUCAAAGAAGGAAAAUCAACAAGCUUAAAGAGAAAAACUUCAGGAACAACGGUGGGCCAGUGUUGCAACAAUUACUCUCCAAGAUUGAAAGAUCUGCAGAGAAAGCUAAAAUUUUCACAGAAGAUGAGCUAAAAAAGGCAACGUACAAUUUUAACGAAAGUGAAAUUGUGGGCCAAGGAGGUUUUGGGAUAGUUUACAAAGGAACUCUAGAUCACAAAUCAGUAGCAAUCAAGAAGUCUAAAGUUAUGGACCAUGAUCAGAUUGAACAAUUUGUUAACGAGGUGGUCGUUCUCUGCCAAAUCAAGCAUCCAAACGUGGUAAAACUCAUAGGUUGUUGCUUGGAAACAUCAGUUCCCUUGUUAGUCUACGAGUUUAUCAACAACAAGACCCUCUAUUAUCACAUACACAAUGAAGUUGUUGAGUCCUCCAUGCCAUGGAAAACUCGUCUGAGGAUUGCAGUGGAAACUGCAGAUGCACUUGCUCAUAUGCAUUCUGACGCUCCUAUACAUAUCAUUCACAGAGAUGUUAAAUCAGAGAACAUACUCUUGGAUGAUAAUUUCCAAGCAAAAGUAUCAGAUUUUGGGGUUUCGAGAUUGGUUCCUUUGGAUCAAACUCAGCUACCUACAUUGGUUCAAGGAACAUUUGGAUACAUAGAUCCUGAAUACUUUCAUUCAGGAUUGUUGAAUGAAAAGAGUGAUGUGUAUAGUUUCGGGGUUGUCCUUUUAGAGCUCUUGAUAGGACAGAAGGUGAUUUCUUCUGAUAGGCCUGAAAAGGACAAAAAUCUGGCUGCUUUCUUCAUUGAUAGAAUGAAAGAAGAUCGCUUAUUUGAGAUUCUCCAUGAACGAGUGAGAAAUGAAGGAAACUCGGAGCAGCUUAAAGGGGUUGCUGAGCUCGCAAGACGCUGCUUAAGAAUGAAGGGAGUGAAAAGACCUACAAUGAAGGAAGUGAAAAUGGAGCUUGAGGAACUAAUGAUGGGCAACUGCGUUCAUGUUGAUGUUGCCACUAACGAUAUUGAAGAGACUGAGCCCCUACUUGGUCUGCUAACCAACUCCAACGGCACUAGUGUAUGGAUGGGGCCUGAUAGUGUUAAGUUUCAAGCAGCCCUGCAGUUAGAGAGUGGACGUUAA